AUGUUGUGUGUGAAUCCAGCUAAGGCUAACGAUUAUGUAGUACACGCUCUGCGAUUUCUGCAAGAGAGAAGAACAUUUCAUCACUCUGCAUUUCUUCAAUCUUCUAUUCCUUCUCUUUCAAGGCAGGGGCACCGAACAGUUGAGAUCAAACUCCAAACAAGACUGAGAUUGUCGAAGACACAAGGACUGGCUGCGUGCCAAGGCUUGCAGAGAUUGAGGUUGCUGCUGCUGAGGAGGAGUAGGACACAACAUGGCUUCAAUUCUCCGGAGGACAGACAGAGUCGCGGAAUAAGAAGAGGAAACUUCCUCGUUGCUCAGACCUCCCAAACAUGCUACCAUUCAAAAGGAUUUCCAGGUGCUGGAAUUGAUCUCUCCUCUCUGGUAGUUGUGGAAGGAAAGAUCUGUUGGGAUCUUUACAUCGACGGCCUUGUUGUUAGUUCAGAUGGGAAUCUGCUAGAUGCCCUAGGUGCUGCUAUAAAGGCUGCUUUGAAUAAUACAGGCAUCCCAAAAGUAAAUGUUGCAGCCGGUGCAUCAGGCGAUGAGCAACCAGAGGUUGACAUAAGCGAUGAGGAAUUUCUGCAAUUUGAUACAUCUAGGGUCCCUGUCAUAGUUACAUUAACAAAGGUAGGUCGGCACUAUAUUGUAGAUGCCACUUCAGAAGAGGAAUCACAAAUGAGCUCGGCUGUUUCUAUUUCCAUCAAUAGGCAAGGCCACAUUUGUGGGUUGACCAAACGGGGCGGUGCCGGCCUAGAUCCAAGCAUCAUUCUUGACAUGAUAUCUGUGGCAAAAACAGUAAGUGAGCAGCUGAUAAACACUUUGGAUUCUCACAUAGCUGCUGCUGAAGCUGGCGAAGAGGAGUCGUGA